GCCUGUCCCGGAUUGUCGCGUUUGUUCCGACAGAGCAGGCUGCCGGAAGUGAAAAUAGAGAAUUACCAACCCCUUCGGUUGUUCACAUAUCGUUUAUUAAUUAUGUACAAAACAGUACGAAAGGGCGAUGCCAGCCUACAGUACACAAUUCUACCGCAAACAGACCAACAAUUCUCCUCGUCUGGGUUCCCUCAGGCAUCGGAUAAGCCGAGACCAAAAAUCAUCAAGUACACUAUGGGUACGUUGAUGGUCCUAAUCAUCAUGUCCUGUGUCGCGACACCGUUUCUCAUGAAUCAGAACGAUCAGAGCCUAUUCGCUAGCACGGUGCUCGCAAUGCGCCGCGUUGGCCAUAAUACAGUGGCUAGAAACUCGUCGAGGAGUCAGGAAAGAGACACCGACGUGAACAAAAGCAAAAGCAGGCUCCUGAUCACGACCACGAUGUCGACGACGGAAGUCUACAGGAAGCAAGAUAUCGAGGACGAGAUGACUACGGUGACGGAGCUACAGAAAGGGGACGAACAGGAGACGGAGGACCUUACCACCAUGGAUUUCGCAACGACUGGCAUGCAACACUUACAAACUGCCACGGAAACAUCGACGAACGUCCGACAGACGUCCACGUCGACUUUAUAUCCAUCAACUUCACCGACGUCGGCGACGAACCUGAAAACGUUGACCAGCACUUCGAGCGAAGUGACCAAGUUAACUUCAAGCGCGCCGACGAGGAAGGCAAAGAUGCCGAGAGUAACCUUGAAACUCCGUGAGAACGAAACAAUACCACAAAUGUACAUGAAGGCGGGGAUAGCGUCGUACAAGAAAGGCAACAUCACCACAAGCGUGUUGGCGCACGGUUUAAGCCUGGAGGGGUUAAUCUUCAAGACUCCGGAGGGAACGAUAAAACCGUGGCCGCAGAAGUGGUUCUUCCCUGAUCCCUCGUCCGAAUUCCAAUGGAGGGCAUCGACGCCUGAACAAGUAACGAUACUGAUAUCCGUGGUCAUACUAGGGCUGGCAUUGUCGGCAGUCUUCACCGUCAUGAUGUUCUACUUUCAGCGAAAGCCCACGAGACGCCAACGUCAGAGCAUCGAGGAGCCGGAAGUUGAAGGUCACGAGGAAGACGAAUCGACACUGCUGGAUGGCGAGAGUCACGAAACGGAGGAGAAAGAGUAA